ACACUAUUAUUGCCCAAAAAGUGUGCAUUUCCUACAUUAGAAGUUAGAUUACUUAUUAGUUGAUCUAUUAAUUCCAUUACUACCGGUUGUAAACCGUUACUACGCACGAUAAUGUUAAUUGAGUAUGAGUGUUUGUGAUAAGCUUAUCAAUCCGCAUCAAGCGUCGCCGGCUCGCGCGGUGAGGACGUGUACACUACGCCCUGUGCCUUAAAUAUUUUACUCUUUUUCUACAAUAAAAAAAAAGACAAUGUCCGGAGAAGGUUCAAGUGGUGAAGGAAACAAGAAGGUGGCUCUUAUCACCGGUAUCACAGGACAGGACGGCUCCUACCUCGCCGAAUUCCUCAUCGAGAAAGGCUACACCGUCCACGGCAUCCUCAGACGCUCCUCCUCCUUCAAUACGGGCCGCAUACAGCACCUCUACGAGAGACCUGCGUGUCACACGGGCGGCCGCAUGCACCUGCACUACGGGGACCUUACGGACACCACCUGCCUUAUCAGCAUCAUUGUCAAGACUCGGCCAAAAGAGAUCUACAAUCUAGGAGCACAGUCCCAUGUAAAAGUCUCCUUUGAACUGAGCGAAUACACAGCACAGGUGGACGCAUUAGGUACCCUACGUCUACUGGAAGCAGUGAGAGCCGCGGGCUUGGAAAAGGAGACGCGAAUCUACCAGGCCUCCACCUCGGAGCUGUACGGCAAAGUUGUCGAAGUACCGCAGUCGGAGAAAACGCCGUUCUACCCGCGAUCGCCUUACGCCUGCGCCAAACUCUACGGCUACUGGAUAACAAUAAACUACCGCGAGGCCUACGGCAUGUUCGCCUGCAACGGCCUCCUCUUCAACCACGAGAGUCCCAGACGAGGAGAAAACUUCGUCACGAGAAAAAUCACUCGAGGCGUCGCGAAGAUCACACUAGGGCUCAUGGAGUAUAUAGAGCUGGGAAAUCUGGACUGUAAGAGGGAUUGGGGACAUGCCAAGGAUUAUGUUGAGGCAAUGUGGCUGAUGCUGCAACAAGACGAGCCAGAAGACUUCGUAGUAGCUACAGGAGAGACGCACAGCGUGCGCGAAUUCGUGGAGAAAGCGUUCGCGGUCGUCGGACGGACGGUCGCGUGGCGCGGCGCCGGUGUGGACGAGACCGGCCAUGACGCCCAAACCGAGCAGUUGCUGAUUAAAGUGAACCCGAAGUAUUUUAGGCCUACUGAAGUGGACCUCCUCCUCGGCGACGCGUCCAAAGCCAAGGCCAAGCUGGGCUGGUGGCCGCGCGUGUCGUUCCCGGAGCUGGUGCGCGACAUGGUGCAGGCCGACCUGGCGCUCAUGCGCAGGGACCCGGAGGCGUAGAAAACUGGGCCGUUCAAAUUAUGUGUCCCGGGUAGAUGUUGACUCCAUCAUCUCUCAUCAUCAGAGCUGUGCUGCCUAAUCUCUGGUAAUACUUUUAUUUUCAGUAAUACGUACAAUAAAGGGCUAUGAGUGUUCAAAAAUGCCUUCGGCAUUAAGUCCCCUGGACUUUUUUAAACCUUUUUUUUUAAAAGGCUUUUUUUUUCACAAUUGAAAAUGUCACCCUUAUUGUGAAAUAGGAAGCCCGCUGGGCUUAUAUUGUUACUGUGCAAUAAAAAUGAAUUCAAUACUAUAGUAUGUUUGUAAUAAGCAUCGGACAUUUUGCAAGUCUUACAACGUCAGUUUUCAAGUUAAGAAUUGGAUCAAAAUACUUUUAAAUGCCUAAAAACUAGUCCCUUUUCAAUUUGAAAUCAAUUUUUAACGCAAAAAUGAGUCAACGGUUUUACCGUAGGUAACUCUAUUAUUAUUACCACUGCGUUACCAUUUUGCCCCAAAGACUUAUUAGCAUAAUUUAUAAAAUAAAAUACAGUAAUAUUUAUUUAAAAUACUUUGACUCCAGAAGUUUCUUGUUGUUUACCACUAACCGAUGUUCUUCCUGGAUUUUGUUUUUCUAAUAAAAUAUCUGGUAACGCAGUUGUUGUUAGGACAUCCCAUGUUUUUAAAAUAUCGGUAUAAAUAAUAUAGUUAUCGUGAAUACUUCGCUGCAUUAUAAAUAUUCUGAAUAAAUAUAAAAAAAGUAAUGAAGUGUUCUCAUUAAUUAAUUAAUUUGCCUCUAGAAACAAAAUUUGUAUACAAUUCCUAGUAGGCAUUAAAAAGUAUUUUGACCCAAUUACGUAUUACAUAUUUAACAUAUGAGGGCAUUUUAUCAUUAUUUUAAUAAAGAUGUUUGAUUUUAUGUUAAAUAAACAUAAAUGUUACUUAGUUUUUAAUGCGUAUAAAAAAAAUUGUCACUCAAAUAUAUGCUGUGGUACUAGGUAGAGCUUCGAUUUGUCAAAAGCGCAAAAAAUAACCAACUUAACCUUUUGACCGCCAGUCGGCGUUAGCCGUCAUCGGAAAAUCUUGCCCAGGACGUCAACGGCCACAGUCGACAGCAUCGCGAAUGCAGUAAUGACUUACGCGGACCUUCGUAUAGCUGAAUUUCGCUUAAAUAAUCGCCUGGCGUCCGUCACAGCAUAUUCCUUCGCCGUCUGGCCUUCAAAAGGUUAACGAGUGUUGUUCCUGACU